GGGAACCGCGUACAACCGACAUUUGCACUCCUCUCGUCCUCCCUCCGCCUCCUCCUCACUCCCUCCCUCCCUGGGACCGAUAAUGCCCGUGUUGUACUGACACUGUACUAGCGAUACGGGCUGAGCAGACAUGGAGGCCCGACUAACGAGAGAGGCCCAUGCUGACACAUCCAAGCCCAGCUAACGGCAAGUCGGAGUGGAUUUCGGAGCGUCACGGGAGGUUUUACGGAUACUAAUUGCUCACUUGGAAGAUGAGAGAAUAUGAGGCCACAAGGGAGGACACGGAGUUAAAUAAUGUGAACACCGUUUCUGGACAAUUACAGAGUUGAAGGACGGAGAAAGAGGGCUGGACAGCCAAGGGAGAGAAGCCACCUCAAAUCAAGAGCUUCAUCCUCACAGUUACCCCCUCUCCCCCCUUUCCCCUCUCCCCUCUCCCCCCAUCCCAUUCCCUGAGAAGAUCUCUACCUGGUAUCCCCAACCUUCCCUCCCGUGCAAACUUGUACACUCCCUAAAGUUGUGAUGGAUCAGAAGAUGCAAGGGGGAACUGCAACUCCUCCCCCUCUUAUCUCAGGUGCACCAACUGGAGAACGAGAAAAGGAGGGAGGAGGUGGAAGAAAAGAGGAUGAGGAUGAAAAGAAGAGAGAUAGAGAGAAGGAUGGAGCUGCCACUGUCUCAGCUGGUACUGGAGGGGCAGGCACAGGUGGUCCAGGAGGUGCUGGUGGCGACCAGUCACAUUUCUCCAUCAAAGAAAGCAGCCUGUCUGAAGGCAAUGUCAAACUUAAGAUUGGUCUUCAAGCAAAGCGCAUGAAGAAGCCACCUAAAAUCCUGGAGAAUUAUGUGUGCCGGCCAGCUUUCAGGGCCACUGUGCGGCACACAGGGCGUGGUGGAGGCGGGGCUCGUGGAAACCGUGCAGCAACAACAAGUGAUGGGCCAGGCAAUCAAAGUCAGAGUCCUUCAAAUGGCAGGGAAAAAGAGAGGGAAAAGAGUCCCAGUGUCAACAGACCACCCCCAUCAUCAUCCUCAACCCCCUCUGCGAAAGCUCCUACACCACCUCCUACUGCUCCUCCUCUUGCCAGCACUACCACCAUGUCAUCCUCCCAAGUAAAUGGGAGUGCUCCAUCAAAAAGGGGUCCAUCAAAGAUAGACUGCAAGUCUGACACAAAGCCAGACACAAAAGCAGCAGCCGCCACAUCUGAGAGACCUCUUAACCUUCACCGCCCUCCACCAGACAGUAAAACGCAUUCCUCUGGGAAGAAAGCAGCAACUCCACAACUCAAUCCCCGGACAUCCUCACCUUCUCCACCACUACCUGCAUCAAAAGAACCCAGCUUUGACAGUGUUAAAACACCUCAAUACACCUACAGCACUGAAAGUCAAAGAGACAAGGACAAGGCUGUGCAAAACUGGGGAGCACCCACAGUCACUGAGAAGUUAGCGCAACUUAUAGCGACAUGUCCACCAUCAAAGACCCCAAAGCCAGCAAAACCCACAAAGAUUGACCCCACUCCACCUCUCCCAAGCUCAGGCUUUAUGGCCCCCACAGCUAAGCAGCGAGACAGGGCUAUGGCCAAUAGAAACACAUACUCAAGAAUGGUCCACCUUUCUCCGCCACCUCCUGUAUCACGACCACCUGGUCGGCCUUAUGGUUCUAGGAAUAAAGACAGUGUUAUGGAAAAUUUACCCGGCUUGACACCACUGAGGAAGGAGGACACAGAUGGGGCUGGGAAAGCAAGUAGCAGCAUCAAUAUGAAUAGCAGUAACAGCAGUAGUCGCAGCAGCAGCCCAGCACUCACUUAUGGCAGUAACCACCUGUCACCCAUGUCGAAGGAUAGCAACAACGAAAACAACAUCAGCAGCAUUUCUAAGCCACAGUCGCGUCCUUCUCACUGCCAAUCUCAAACCACGUCCUUGCCAUCUUGUCCAAUAACAUCCUCCAACAUCAGCUCAGCUGAGCAGAGGACAGUGAGUGCAGUGAGUCACCUGGGUUCCCCUGUUCCCUCACAAGGACACCAUGCACGUGAGAGUCCCACCCUGGCAGAAGAAAGCAGUGCAAGUGAUAGGGAGCAGGACAGGGACAGUCCCAGAGACUUAACAAAAGGCCCUCCACUAACAGGAACAGGAAACCCUGAAGGGAAAGACAAGGGGACUAAUACUAAGUCAUUGCGAGUUGAGAGGGGAAAGAGCUCUAGUCCAAACAAGCGCAGUCCAAACUGGGAGAGUAACAGAUAUGUUAGGACUAUCAGUCCCCCUGAGUCUUUUAGACAAAGGGUACCUUCCCCACCAGAGCCAGAUGGUGAAGAAAGUGGCUCACAGACGCCCCUCAGAGAUGACUCUCCAGAUUCAUCCCUAGACUCUCCCUCAGAGCAGGACAGCAAACCCCUUAAAAAACGCAGGGGGAGGAAACCCCACUGGACACGUUUUUUGAACAAAACACAGAGUCAAAGAACAUGCCAGGAUAGUCCUUUUGACCAGGUCACAACAACUAUGUCUUUAUCUUCAAGCUCUGAAACACAGUUGCCACCAGUUAAAAGACCAGUGGGACGGCCUCCCAACCCAAAUAAGGUCAAACCAAAUCCUGUGCCACAAACUCCAGUGUCACAGCUUUUCCCAUCACAACCUAAGAAAAGGGGAAGGCCAAAGUCCAAAAUGCCAAGGCUUGAUGCUCCAGGCCAUGGGCACCCUCCUAACAAGCUGGCCCCUUCCAAGGUCUUUUCAUCAUUACUAAAGUCUAAAGAAGAGCAGGACCCACCUGUUCUUCACCCAGAGGUAGAUUUCAACCCUCCUAAACCUAUGCCUAGAAAACGUGGACGUCCCAAGCGCCUUCCCCCUACCUUACCCCAGGAGGGUCAACCUCCUACAUUGGCUCCAGAGGCUGGAGACAUGGGAGACAAACGUUUCCACAAUAAGGGAAAUGGGCAGCUUAUUAUGAAAACUAUCAUAGGUAAGAUCAAUAAGAUGAAAAGUAUGAAACGGAAACGCAUUCUCAGUCAAAUCCUUUUAGGCCCACGACCAGAGGACACCCCCAAACUUGCUACCAGUGGGGUGGCUGGCCCUGUGGAAUCAAGCACUCCAUCGUUGUCCUCCCUGGCGGCUUCUUUUGGGGGGAAGCUUGGGCCACAAAUAAAUGUUAGUAAAAAGGGCACAAUAUAUAUGGGUAAAAGGAGAGGCCGUAAACCAAAAGCAAUGGGUAAUUCCAUGGCGUCAACACCACCACCAGAACCCUUUCUUUCCCCCAACACCACUUCCCCUCUUCAUCACCAUCAACAGUCCCAGCAACAGCACCAUCUCUCCUCUUCAGAAGUCUUUCCCUCGCCCUCCCUUUCUCAGUCUAGUGGAGGCCACAGCCCCAUCAGUGAUGCCAGCUUUGUUGAGCCUGGCUCAGUGCACUUUGCAAAUCAUACUCACUAUUCUAACUCCCAUAAUAGCCACAACACAUUCUCUUUCCCUCCCCCAACUUUUUCAGCUCCUAAUUCUCGCAAUACAGGACUGGGCUCGUCAUCAUCUAUGGUUACAGCAGCUUCCCAGAAAAAGUCUUCUUGUCGUGGAUACCAUCAUCACCACCAACAUUACAGGCAGCACUACCAUUAUCAUAAGCUUUCCCCUCCCCGGCCACUUCAUCCCACCUCCCCUGCCCCCCUCAGUGAGCUCAAAGAAGCCACUCCGUCACCAGUCAGUGAGUCACACAGUGAGGAGACAGUGCCCAGUGACAGUGGUAUAGGAACAGAUAAUAACAGCACUUCUGACCGUGGUGAGAAAGCUGGAGGGGCGGGUGGCCUGGGUGGAAUUGGGAUGCCACCUGGGAUGGGCAGUGGAUUAUUAAUGUCUGGUGUCAUUGGUUCAGCAAUGGGUCCAGGGGUAGGCCUUAAUUCUAGAGGCAGGCGGCGACACUCUGCUGUGCUUAUGGAACAUCCCUCUCCUUCGCCAUCACCUCAUGGGACAAGGUCACCACCUGAUCCCCGGAGACCUCAUCCGGCAGCCCCUGCCUCCUCCUUAAUGGGACACAAGGAGAAACAUAAGCACAAGUGUAAACGCCGCAGUCAUGGAUGUCCUGGCUAUGAUAAGCUAAAGAGACAGAAAAGGAAACGCAAGAAGAAGUACCUGCAACUGCGCUCCCGCCGGCAUGACCCAGACUUUCUUGUUGAGCUGGAUGACAUUGUUUUGAGAUUGAGUGAAAUACGGAUAGCACACCGUACUACAGGGCAUCGGCUCAGUAGUGGAAUAGGCAUAGGUGCUGGAACGAGUAGAGUCCCAGGGGUAGGGAACAGGGCCAAUGCUGGCAUAGGAGGCACAGGUGGCCCUCCUCCACAUCAUUAUGUCCACAGGGACCUCCUGCCUACAAUCUUUAGAGUUAACUUUGGCAGCUACUACUCCCAUCCUGCAUACUCCUGUGACCCAUUGCACUAUGUUCGUAAACCAGACAUGAAGAAGAAACGGGGACGGCCUCCAAAACUGAGAGAGUCCAUGUCUGAGGUUCCCUUUGUACCUGGACUUGGUUUCCCACUGUCCAGUGGAGGAUUUUACCAUCCCUCAUACACUGUUCCUUAUUCCUCCGGUCCCCUUGGUUUAGGUUAUUAUAGAGGCUAUCCUACAGCCAGUGCCCUCUAUCCCCACCCACACCACCAGUCACAGCACACAGCCCCAUCACACCAUGCUCACCACUCACCGUCUUUCCCCCCUCCUCCUCCCACAUCUUACAUGCAUCAUCACCACCCUUCACAUCUUUUGCUGAACCCCUCGAAAUUUCACAAGAAGAAACAUAAGCUACUUAGGCAGGAUUUCCUUGGGGGAGGAAGGUCCCCCGUUCUGUACCCACCCAUGUCCUCUGAGCUAUCCUUCAACUGGCAUCAUAAACACAAACACAGACACAAACACAGGGAGCGCUGUGCUGAGGAGGACAGGGAGGAAGGAGCAAGAAGUGGAUCAGGGAGCCGGUCUAAUGCAGGGAUAUCCGACAACGGAGCUUCAGGAAAAGGAGAGAGGGUUAGCAGUUUGGGAAUGGCUGAGUCUUUACAGAGAUGCCGCUAUGGACGAGACCCCCCCAGCACCAGUGCCAGCAAGCAAACUGGUGCCACGUCUGCUAACUCCCCUUCUUCCUCCUCAACCUCAUCUGCAGAGAGGUACAAGCGGAAAGAGAGCUCACUGUCCUGUCUAGGACCCUCCAGGCUUACAGUGGGUAGCAGCUCAAAAGGCCACCACCCAGUAGAGUCCUGGUUCAGGAUGGGCAACUCUGAGGCAGACUACUCUCAGCUUUCACGGGGUCAUGUAAUGCCUGGCCAGGGUCCCUUCUCAGAUGGACGGGCUGAAGACCCAGCUGACUGCUCAGACAGUGAGGAGGAGGAUGAGCCUCUCACACCCACAGAGGAUGCACAACCUGGAGCCCAUGAUUCUCCAAACCUUACAAAUCUCUUUGCCUCUGCUCUCACCCGCGCUACGCUGAAGGGGGGAAAGAACAGAAAGACUGACCUAGUACCAGAGAGCUCCAGCUUUUCCCGUGGGGACCGACCCAUUGGUAAAGACCACUCAACAUCAGCAGAGAGGAGAGAGUUGGGGUCAUCAAGUAUUAAGUCAAGAGGUGUUGCCCUCCCGACCCCUGAAGCAUCGGAGGGAUCCCUGCACCACCGGCAGCAGCACCAUCACCAGCCUUCUCUCUUUCACUCCCAUGGCUCUGCCUCCUCAUCCUGCCUCUCUCCCUCUCAGGACUGUUGCCUGGAUGCCUCCCUGCCCCACCACUCCCAUCGGGCACAGCCAUCCAAACACAGCCUGCACCACGUCAACAAAAUCUUACGUGCCAAGAAACUGCAGAGACAGGCCCGUACAGGAAACAAUGUGGUGAAGAAGAGGGGCCCCGGGCGUCCCAGGAAACACCCCUUACCCUCUCCACCGCCAUCACCACCCCCUGUUGUUGAGUUGAAUCCGACCUGGCACAAGGACAGAGGGGUGGAGCGGCCUGCAGGGGUCAUGGGGUGGGAGGGGGAUACUGUGACAGAUGCUAUCGAGUCAGUUGUCCAGGGACAGCAUAGAAAAGGCCAGAAGAGGAAGCACUGGGAGAGAGAUGGCGAUGAGGAAGAGGAGGAAGAAGAAGUAGGAGAAGAGGACAGGGAUGUAGAGGAGCCUGUGGAGCAACUGCCAGAAAGAGAGGAGAACCUGGGCAACCUGGUGGCAAGGUCCAGAACUGGCACAGGGAGAAGCUGGCUUACUCAGGAGGAGCUCCAGCACUUUCGCGGCUCAAUGGAAAGCAAGCCAGAUGGCCACUGCUCCCCAGAACGCCCAAGCACUGUCUCCAGGGAACAAGCUCCACCCAUUCCCAUAACCAGCCAACGGGAGAAACGAGCAGCCAGGCCCCCAAAAAAGAAGUUCCAGAAGGCGGGGCUAUACUCUGAUGUGUACAAGACUGAAGAUCCCAGGAGUCAGCUUCUGCAGCUAAAGAAAGAGAAGCUAGAAUACAUACCAGGGGAACACGAUUAUGGAUUGUUUCCAGCUCCUAUACAUGUUGGGAAGUACCUGAGAAUGAAGCGCAUUGAUUUCCAGUUGCCUUAUGACAUCUUAUGGCUUUGGAAACAUGAUCAGCUUCACAAGAGGCCCGAUGUCCCCCUUUAUAAAAAGAUCAGAUCAAAUGUCUAUGUGGAUGUGAAGCCUCUCUCUGGUUAUGAAACAACGACAUGCAGCUGCAGACCUUCUGACUGCUCACCUGAAAAGGGCUGUCUCGAUGAAUGCCUGAACAGGAUGAGCUAUGCUGAGUGCUCUCCCAGUACCUGUCCAUGUGCUGAUAAGUGUGACAACCAACAUAUCCAGAGACAUGAGUGGGUGCAGUGUCUGGAGCGAUUCCGUACUGAGGGUAAAGGCUGGGGAAUCCGCACCAAGGAAACUCUCCGCUCUGGACAGUUUAUCAUCGAAUACCUGGGAGAGGUUGUAAGCGAGCAGGAGUUCAGGAGCCGUAUGAUGGAGCAGUACUUCGCCCACAGUGGCCAGUAUUGUCUGAACUUGGAUAGUGGCAUGGUGAUUGACAGCUAUCGAAUGGGCAAUGAAGCACGCUUCAUAAACCACAGCUGUGAACCCAACUGUGAAAUGCAGAAGUGGUCGGUUAAUGGGGUGUACAGAAUUGGCCUCUUUGCUCUCAAGGACAUCAACAGCGGCAUUGAGCUCACCUAUGACUACAACUUCCAUUCCUUCAACACAGAGGAGCAGCAAGUGUGCAAUUGUGGCUCAGAGAGUUGCCGGGGCAUCAUCGGAGGUAAAAGCCAGCGUAUUAACGGCCUGCCUGCAAAGACUGGAGGGACUCGGCGACUGGGUCGACUUAAGGAGAAGAGGAAGUCCAAACACCAGCUCAAAAAAAGAGAGGAAGAGUCGAGUGACAGCAACAAGUUUUACCCUCAUCUCAUGAAGCCCAUGUCCAACAGAGAAAGGAACUUUGUGCUGAAGCACCGAGUGUUUCUCCUGAGGAACUGGGAGAAGAUGAGGGAAAAACAGGAGCUCCUGAAGAGAGAGGGCGAGCGAGAGAGGGACACAAGUAACCUGUCUAUAUACACACGCUGGGGAGGAGUCAUCCGUGACGAUGGCAACAUUAAGUCAGAUGUGUUCCAGACGCAGUUCUCGGCCCUGCAGACGUCACGGUCAGUGCGUACACGGAGACUUGCCGCCGCAGAGGAAAACACAGAGGUCACACGUACUGCUCGCCUUGCACACAUCUUCAAAGAGAUCUGCGACAUGAUCACAAGUUACAAGGAUUCAGCCGGUCAGACUCUUGCUGCUCCACUGGUGAACCUUCCCUCUCGGAAGAGGAACAGCCAGUACUAUGAGAAGGUGUCCGACCCUCUGGACCUGAGCACCAUUGAGAAGCAAAUCCUCACAGGCCACUACAAGACCGUUGAAGCGUUUGACACUGACAUGCUCAAGGUUUUCCGCAAUGCUGAGAAAUAUUACGGCAGGAAGUCCUCAGUAGGCAGGGACGUGUGUCGGUUACGGAAAGCUUACUACAGCGCUCGUCAUGAAGCCGCCGUCCAGAUUGAUGAGAUUGUGGGUGAGACUGCCAGCGAGGCCGACAGUUCGGAUUCGCUGGAGCGGGAUAAUGGCCACCACGGAGGAGGGCUGGGGUCUCACGACAAGGACGAUGACAUCAUACGUUGCAUCUGUGGAAUGUACAAGGACGAAGGCCUCAUGAUCCAGUGCGAGAAGUGCAUGGUUUGGCAACACUUUGACUGUAUGCGGUUGGAGUCCGAGGUGGAGCACUACCUGUGCGAGCAGUGUGAACCUCGGCCGAUAGACAGAGAAGUUCCCAUGGUACCCCAGCCCAGCUAUGCCCAGGCUGGCUCUAUCUACUACAUCUGCCUCCUGAGAGACGACCUGCUGCUCCAUCAAGGUGAUUGUGUGUACUUGAUGAGAGACAGCAGACGCUCACCUGAGGGCCAGCCCGUCAGACAGUCGUACCGUCUCCUGUCCCAUGUAAACCGAGACAAACUUGACAUCUUCCGAAUAGAGAAACUCUGGAAAAAUGAAAAGGGUGAGAGGUUUGCCUUUGGCCACCACUACUUCCGUCCUCACGAGACGCAUCAUUCUCCAUCACGCCGUUUCUACCAGAACGAGUUGUUCCGCAUGCCGCUCUAUGAGAUCAUCCCACUGGAGGCAGUGGUGGGAACCUGCUGUGUCCUUGAUCUCUACACUUACUGCAAGGGGCGGCCAAAGGGUGUUAAAGAACAGGACGUGUACAUCUGUGAUUACCGCUUGGACAAGUCGGCUCACCUUUUCUACAAGAUCCAUCGUAACCGCUACCCAGUCUGCACCAAGCCAUAUGCCUUUAACCAUUUCCCCAAGCGGCUCACACCCAAAAGAGACUUCUCGCCUCAUUACGUUCCUGACAAUUACAAGAGGAACGGAGGCCGCUCGGCCUGGAAGAGCGAACGACCAAAGGGAGCCGGGGGCUGCGAGGACGACGGCUCUUCCUGCGACAGAGGUGACGACUUCCCACCCGAGGCGGAAGAAGGCAGAGGAGUUGAGGACGACAUGGACGUGGCUCCACAGGAUCCUGAACUUCUUUCAGUGAAGCCCAAAACAGCGGAGCAGGAAGGGAACAGAGACGAGGAUGAAGAUGACGAGGAGGAGGAGGAAGGGCAAGAGGCCGAGGAACGCAAGGAGCUGGAAGACAUUUCCAAUGAGAGGAUCGGGGAGAUGCUUGAACUCCCGUCAUCCUCGGCGUCCUCGCCGUCACACCACCCAGUGCUGGGCAGGAGGGAGGCCCAGAGGGAACGUCUUAACAAAAUCCUGCUCGAUCUGCUGCACAGAACUCCCAACAAGAAUGGUGAGGGACCGGGAACAAAGCAGGGGGCCAUAGAUGCCACUUAUCUCCUGGAGGAGGGCGCAGGGCGGCGGCUACGGCGACGGACUCUCGGUUUCGGUGAUUUUGUGGGGAGGAAAUAACAUUGCUUAACAUGUGCCUGUCAAGCACACUGUUUUUCACUUUGUGAGCAAGUGUGGAAAAAGGAGAGGGGGAAAAAGAGCACUGUUGGUGAUCUGACCAUUAAGGACCACAGUGCGUCCCCGAGGGCCUCUUCCCAUUUACCUCUUCCAAGACUGUCCUCUCAACUCUGAGACGGUGGAGGGGGUUAGGAACCGCUGACUCUGAGGCAAUUUCAGCUUUCCAAAAGUUCUCAAGGAGCACGAAGAGAGAGGGGACCCAGACUUAUUGCUUAUUUAAGUAGUUUGAUGCAAAACCUGUUUUUUUUUUGUUUUUGUUUUUUUUCAUAAUAAUAGGAGAAAUAACCCAUGCACUUAAAUCCAUUGAACAUGACAAACAUGGGUAGAUGAAUUCCACUAGCGAGCAUCAGAAAUGACACAAGUGGUACUGAACAGGAGUGGAUAGAGCGAAGGAUGGGUUAGUCCUUUACUUCAGUGAGGGUGUGCAUGCUGGAUACUGAGGUCUCCUUGUGGGAUCUUGCUGCAAUGACAAAAAAAGUAAGAGACGAGAGAAGAUCAGUAUCAGGACUGUUGGGGGGAGGGGGGGCAUAGUAGAAAUGUAAGUUGAGCAGUGUGCUCAGAUGCUGCUCAUGAGAAAGAGAACAAGGGUGGCGAACUGCACUUUUGGUACCAUGCAUAUUGUGAAGCUCCGUGUAAUGUAUCUAUAAUGAAAACACACUAACACUCACAGUAUUGGAUGAUGCAGUCUGGAAAAAAAGCGAGUUAAAAAGUCUAUUAUCUUUACCCUGUUAUACUGUAAUUACUCAUUUAGGAACAGAAGAGGCUGGGGGUGCAUUUAUUAACGGGCGGGGGAGGUAAGGUUGAGUGUGCGCUUUAGUCGGUCAAAGUGUCUUGUUGAGGUUUAGAUUUUUUUAUUUUCUCGUGAGGCAGUCAGCUUCGCCCCCGUUUUUUUUUUCUUUUUUUUUUUUUGAAGUAACAUGAUUCACCAGCUCAACUAAAAAAGGCGCGAGCGGGGGGACACUGGCUUUAACAGUAACGCCUUACACAGCUGUGCUCCCUGCCCGCCUUGUGUGCAAAAGUGUGCGUGCACACUUAUCGUGUGUCUGUACUCUGCCAGAUUUCUUGGAAAUAUACCUUUUUAAGAAAAAAGUAAAAAAAAAAAAAUGGAAAAAAAAAUUUAAGGGCUCGAUGGCAAUUAACAGUUUUAAGAAAACUAUGGAAAACAAUACUUAACAUGAAAUGUAUCGUGAUGGUCAUAUUUUCUUAUAUCCUGUGAGAUGGGUGGGGCAGUGUAUACUGGAUAUUGGGAGGGGACGGGAUGGGAAUAAGGAUCCUUUUUUGUCUUUAAACUAUGUUCCUGGUUGCCAUGGAGAAUGUUUAAAAGGAAAUUGUGAUAUUUGAUGAGAUUUCUUCUUCUUCUUCUUCCCCCCCAAAAUGCCUCUGCUAAAAAGGGACAGCCUGCGAUAUCCCUGUGUGGUAAACUGACAGAGACGUGACAAGACUGAGACACUGACAGGGAGGGAGAGAGGGGAACGGGAAGCUGUACAGUGCCAAGUUAUGUAAAUAUAUACACUUUACAUUGAGGAGUGUCUCCAAAAGCAAUAUCUUGACAAAGGAUUUUGUUUAUUAUUGUACUGUACAGGACUCAGCCCUAAAUGUAUUAGGAUUAUUAUAAUAAUGAUAAUAUUAUAAUUUCUUCCGUUUGUAUUACUAUAAUGAAGACACUUAAGCUUGGAGGAAAAUUAUUAUUAUUUUUUUUUUUUUUUAAAUGUCCAGAAAAUCUCACAGUAACUGUCCUGACGACAUGAAAACUAAAACAGUUUUAGUUGCCUAUAAAUUAAAUUCAUCUAUGUACUGCAUGAGCGAGAAGAAUGUCAAACGGACACAGAAGAAGGCAUUGGGACAUGACAGUGACUCAGCGAUGACACUUUUGUCAUUGAAUAUUGUUAAUAAUAUUACUUUUGAGGAGAAAUGUACUCCUUGUUUUUUGCUGCAAAGUGUUGAACACUAAAAAAACAAAUCAACAUAAAAAUGUUAAUGAUAUUUUUAAAAGUGACGGACACAAGAGUACAGCUGUCGGCUCAAUAUCAUAUUGUUUUUUUGUUUUUCUCCUUUCAAAUAGGAAACGGUUCCGUUUUGUGAUAGCAGUCAUUGUAUGAUGCUUGUACUUGUAUUUGUGUGUUUUGUGUGAUUUGUUUAGUCCUUUUUAGACAAUCACAAAAUAAGAUGCAAGCAUUGUAAAUGGCAGACUGGCGGACAUUUUGUGAUGUGUACAGUUUGUCAAAAAAAAAUUCUUCCACUCGUUAAAAGUUUGUAAUUAUGAUUCUUAAGUCAUGAACAAUGCUGUUGGUUUUUACUUUUUGUUUUAUAUUUGUUUUUGUUUUUUUUGUUUUGUUUGUUUUUUAAUAAAAAGCACUACAUUAUUGUGAAUACA